GUACACAGAAAUAUAAACAAGAUUAAUAAUAAUAAUAUUAAUGGGAGAAAAAGGAGUUUUUGACGACAUAUUAGCAGGUAGUGAUACGUUCAAAUAUUAUUCUGAAGGAGAAUGGAAAGUUUCAUCAUCUGGAAAAUCUGUGCCCAUCAUCAACCCCACAACCAGAAAGAUCCAAUUCAAAGUCCAAGCAUGCACACAAGAAGAAGUGAACAAGGUGAUGGAAUCAGCAAAAUCUGCGCAAAAGUUAUGGGCUAAAACGCCGUUAUGGAAAAGAGCUGAAUUGUUGCACAAAGCUGCAGCUAUUCUUAAAGAUCACAAGAAGCCCAUAGCUGACUGUCUUGUUAAGGAGAUUGCAAAAGCUGCCAAAGAUGCUGCUACUGAAGUUGUGAGGUCAGGAGAUUUAGUGUCAUACUGUGCCGAGGAAGGUGUAAGAGUCCUCGGAGAAGGGAAGUUUUUGGUGUCCGAUAGUUUCCCGGGAAACGAACGGACAAAAUAUUGUCUAACAUCUAAGAUUCCUUUAGGUAUAGUUUUAGCGAUCCCACCGUUCAAUUAUCCAGUCAAUUUGUCUGUCUCGAAGAUUGCUCCUGCACUCAUUGCAGGCAAUUCUCUAGUACUUAAGCCUCCAACACAGGGCGCGGUGUCUGCACUCCAUAUGAUACAUUGCUUUCACUUAGCUGGAUUCCCGAAAGGCGUAAUCAGCUGUGUAACCGGAAAAGGUUCUGAAAUUGGCGACUUUCUCACAAAGCAUCCUGGAGUUAACUGCAUAAGCUUCACAGGCGGAGACACCGGUAUUGCAAUCUCGAAAAAGGCGGGUAUGAUUCCGUUACAAAUGGAAUUGGGUGGAAAAGAUGCUUGCAUUAUACUUGAGGAUGCGGAUUUGGAUCUGGCUUCAUCUAGCAUUGUUAAAGGAGGCUUUUCUUACAGUGGUCAACGGUGCACAGCGGUUAAAGUCGUGUUAGUUAUGAACUCCAUAGCAGAUUCUCUUGUGAAAAAAGUUAACGAAAAGCUCGGGAAAUUAACCGUGGGCCCGCCCGAAAACGACUGUGACAUCACUCCCGUAGUCACAGAAUCAUCAGCUAAUUUCAUAGAAGGUUUGGUCAUGGAUGCCAAGAAUAAAGGAGCAACAUUUUGUCAAGAGUACAAGAGAAAAGACAAUCUUAUAUGGCCACUUUUGAUUGAUAACGUUAAACCGGAUAUGAGAAUAGCGUGGGAAGAGCCGUUUGGACCCGUGUUACCUGUUAUAAGGAUUUCUAGUGUUGAAGAAGGGAUUCGCCAUUGUAAUGCAAGCAACUUUGGGCUUCAGGGUUGCAUAUUUACAAAAGACAUCAACAAAGCAAUCUUGAUAAGCGAUGCAAUGGAGACUGGUACCGUACAAAUAAACUCAGCACCGGCUCGGGGACCCGACCAUUUCCCAUUUCAGGGUUUGAAAGAUAGUGGAAUUGGUUCACAAGGAGUGACUAAUAGUAUCAACAUGAUGACUAAAAUCAAGAGUACAGUCAUCAAUUUGCCAACCCCUUCUUACACCAUGGGCUAGUAAAGCUUUGAAUUUGAUGACUUGGAGCACAUCAUGUGUAUAUAUAUCUUAUCUCGGCGCAAUAGUUUUUUGUAAUUUUUUGUACUUGUUAGAUCGGAUGUUAUGAUGUAAUAUGAUAUGAUAUAUCGGUUUGAAUAAGAGCCACUCGGAUUUAUGAGGAUUUUGAUAGUCC